GUCGUCCUCCCCAAGCCCCGCGACUGGGCCUUGCAGCAGCUGAACAUGCUUCAUGCUAGGGACCGUCCUUGGGUAGUGAGCAUUGGGGCGACAGAGGGGUAGAAAUGCUUGAAUGUGGGCUGAUUGCGAAAAAGCCGCCCAAGUGCAUCGUUGCGCAUGGCAGGUGGAGCUCAAACUCUGGCCGCUAAUCGAUAAACGUCAUGGCAUGCGCCCUGUCCUUAGCCGACAUCGGCCCGUGGCAUUAACUCCGGGGAGCCGCCCGUUAUGACAUGUUGACAUGCGGGGUGAUGAAGCAAAAGCAUUGUGGCGUGCAGAUAAACAUAUUCCGCACCUCACGCGGACCGCAAACAUAGAGAUUCCUUUUUGCUGUGAUCGUUGAGAUUGACGUCCAUAAUGGCACCGCAACUCGCCUGGAUUGGUCUCGGUAACAUGGGAAGGGGCAUGUGCAAGAAUCUGGUGGAAAAAGGAAAUCUGGACAAGCCGCUGAUCCUGUACAACAGGACCAAGAGCCGGGCAGACGAUCUCUCCGCAAAGCUUGGCAGGGAUAAGACGAAAGUGGUUGAUUCCAUCAACGAUGCUGCAAAAAGCGCGGACAUUAUCUUCAUCUGCUUGGGCGACGAUGCGGCGGUCAACUCGGCUGUCGAUGUGAUUCUGGAGCAGGAUGUGAAGGGGAAGUUGAUCGUGGAUGCGUCGACGGUACAUCCGGACACCACGAACGCGCUGGAGAAGCGGUUGACUGCGAAGGGCGCUGAGUUUGUCGGAAUGCCAGUAUUCGGAGCCCCCGCAAUGGCCGAUGCAGGAAGCCUAAUCUGCGUCCUCGCCGGCCCCAGCUCGUCCAUCUCCAAAGUGCAACCCUACACAAAAGGCGUGAUGGGCCGGGCCGACAUCCUCUACGCCGAUCAACCCAGCGGCACCUCCACGCUCCUCAAAAUAAUCGGCAACACCUUCAUCCUCAACAUGGUCGAAGUCCUCAGCGAAGGACACGUGCUCGCCGAGAAAACCGGGCUCGGUCCACAAAACCUGCACACCUGGAUCGAAGCCAUGUUCCCAGGGCCGUACGCCGCGUACUCGGCCCGGAUGCUGGCGGGCGACUACUACAAGCGCGAGGAGCCGCUGUUCCACGUCGAUCUGGCGCGCAAGGAUGCGCGGCAUGCGCUCGAUCUGGCGGCGAAGACGGGGAGCAGCGUGCCGGCGCUGCAGGUGGCGGAGCGGCAUCUGGGGAAGGUGAAGGAGCGGUUGGGGGGGAGGGGCGAUAUCCCGAGUAUAUAUGGGGCGGUGAGGGAGGAGAGUGGGUUGGGGUUUGAGAAUGGGGGGUAGGAUGGGUUGACGGUUCCGAUGGCGGCGGCGAUUCGGCUAGUCUGAAGGCGGAGUUGGGAGGCAUUCGGCAGGCCGCUCCAUGCAUAUCGUUGUCUUGACUCUCUCCUCCGAAAGUCCUCCUCGUUCAGUCACUCAAUCAUGCACACCCCUUCCCUUCCCUUUCCUCACCAUCC